ACUGUUAAACAGCACAACAGGGCAGGUUGACUCUAUAAGCUUGUAAAACUGACUCUAAAUAUUGUUUGGAUCUUUACACUAUUUUUGCACCUUUUUUUUUGACUCCAUGCACGGACGGAUUUGUGAAAGUGGAGGUCACACUGCGGUCCACCUCUGACCUGCAGCUGCUGCCUGAUAUUUUACUAACAUUUAAGCAUUCUGAUUAUUAUGGCUUCUUUUUUAAGGUAAGCGUGCGGUCCUGGUUCUCCAGAACGAGCCGGGCUACGGCGGCCAGCGUCGCUCCUUCACCACAGAAGAUGAAGCCUGGAAAUCAUUUCUGGAGAACCCGCUGACGGCUGCCACCAAGGCCAUGAUGAGUAUAAAUGGAGACGAGGACAGCGCCGCAGCUCUGGGCCUGCUCUACGACUACUAUAAGGUGCCCAGGGAAAAGAGAACAAUACCCCAGAGCAAGCCAGAAGCACUGGUCUGUGAUGUGGAUCCCAACAAAAGACACCAGAUCCAGGCAGGACACUCUACAGCUCCACUUCAGGAAGCUGGUAUGGAGAACAGGAUCCAGGUCCUCAAGGGGCCCAUCAAUAUUCUUCAGCUGGCCCAGGACAAGAGGGCCCAUUUCCCUUCACCAGACACGACCGUCACAGUUUCCAUCGCGACCGUGCCAAACUACCUGCCCGUCAAGACAGAGGUGCCCACCCAUGGCUUCUCAGUGACCAUACCAAACAACUGCACCGAAACCAACAACCAUGUGGGCGUCUUCGACCGCCAGCUCACCCACAACUCGGUCCAGUUCAGCCCCAGCACCCAGUCCCGCACACCCCCUGACUCCACCUUCUCCGAGAGUUUCAAGGAUGGUUCCCAGGAGGUGUUUUCCUUCCCAGGGGAUCUCCAGUUACGUAUGGCCUCCAUGACGCCUGAGGAGUACCCUCAGUUUGACACCGUGCCGGGGAAUAAUUUCGAGUACACUCUUGAGGCGUCCAAGUCUCUGCGUCAGAAGACAGGUGACGGGACAAUGACGUACCUCAACAAGGGCCAGUUUUACCCGAUCACCCUCAGGGAGGUUGACAACAAAGGCAUGCAGCAACCCAUCACCAAAGUCAGGAGUGUAGUGAUGGUGGUGUUUGGAGAGGAGAAGUGCAGAGAUGAUCAGCUGAAACACUGGAAGUACUGGCACUCCAGACAGCACACUGCCAAACAGAGGUGUCUGGACAUUGCUGACUACAAGGAGAGCUUCAACACCAUCGGCAACAUCGAGGAGAUUUCCUAUAACGCCAUUUCCUUCACCUGGGAUACCAAUGAUGAGGCCAAAAUCUUCAUCUCUGUCAACUGUCUGAGCACAGACUUCUCCUCUCAGAAGGGCGUGAAGGGUCUUCCUCUAAACCUGCAGAUCGACACUUACAGCUACAACAACCGCAGCAACAAGCCCAUCCACCGCGCCUACUGCCAGAUCAAAGUCUUCUGUGACAAAGGAGCUGAGAGGAAGAUCCGAGACGAGGAGAGGAAGCAGUCCCGCCGGAAAGGGAAGGUCACCGAGCUCAACCCUGGCCUGACCUUUGCAGAUGUCAAAGUGCCCAUCCUCCAGAAACGCAACGAUGUGACCAUCUUCAAGAUGAUGACUGACUUCGAGACCCAGCCUGUCCUUUUCAUUCCUGACAUUCACUUCUCUACCUUACAGCGCCAUCCUUUCCCGACAGAAGAUGGAGAGGAAAGCUCGAGCAUGAAGAGACUACCCUUCAGUGAUGAUGAGUUUAGUUCACCCCCUAACAAGAUGGCGAGAGUGGAGGAACCAAAGAAAGUCCUGCUGUAUGUGCGCAAGGAGACAGAGGAGGUGUUUGAUGCCCUCAUGCUGAAGAAUCCCACGCUGAAAGGCCUGGUGGAAGCUAUUGCAGAGAAGUAUGAAAUACCUUUGGAGAAUGUUGGAAAGGUCUAUAAGAAGUGCAAGAAAGGGAUUCUAGUCCACAUGGACGACAACAUCAUCAAACACUACUCCAACGAAGACACCUUCCAGAUCACCAUGGAGGAACUGGGCGGCAUGUACAAACUCACCCUCACUGAAAUCUGAUUGGACAGGAGGACGUGACAUCACCCAGAACAGAGGGAUGGAGGACGAAUGAAACAGAGCCAUCAGGAGUAGUGGUUUACACGUGUAGCCAUGCAGUGAUUAUGGACUUGAUCUGAAAAUUACAUCGUUGUCUUUGUGCUGUAUUAACAUCAAACAGAUUUUAUAACACAAAGUCCCACAAGAGGUAUUUAAAAAGCCAUAGCUCUUAAUAGACAGCAAUGUUGAUUAGAUAUUAAGUUAUACUUUUUGAUUCAUUUAAAAACCUUUCUGUGCAUAAGAAUCAACAAGUGAGGACAGGUUUGAUUGUUAUGACACCUUUAUUUUGUAUUCAGUAAGUUGCAUCUCAAAUAUUAGUGCCUACUUUUGUACAUUUUUGUGCAGAGCAUUUGUGGUGCUGCUAUACCUCAUGCUAUGCAAGCAGCAGUGUCUCUCAUAUGUUGGAAUUUUAUGAGGAGAAACGCCUCGUCUUUCCCUUCCUAAAGCCAUAGCACUGAUGAUUACAAUCUGUAAAGUUGGAUAUUCAGUGCACAAAAUGAAGACAGCAAAUUGUUGAUGGAGCCCCAGUGGUUCAGUGUAUUAAUACUAAACAACAUGGCAGUAUUUAGUGUGUAAAACCUUCUUCAACCAUCAUACAAUUAGCGUAGAGUAUUGUAAAUGUUAUAUAAAUGUUUUUUAGCAUAAGAUACACGUUUGUGAGUGAAAUGGCUUAAAAUAUGUUUUUCCUCAGAUCAAUUUAAAUGAUGGCCUCUUUGUAAGUAUUAGAUAGUUACUAAAUAUAUUGAUAAUAAUGCUAAAACACAGCUACCCUAGUGUGAGUAGUGUUCUGAAUGUUGAUGAAAUAGGUCAAUGAAUGUCUAGUACAGUCCACGCAGGCUAUUGUGGAAGUGCAAUAUGAUAUUUAGGUUCAGACACAUUCAGAGAAAAAAAAACAGUAUACAACAGUAUAUAAUACAUAUUAACUGAUAACUGUUUUUAAAAAUGAAAAUAUUGUUGUAUAUAUCCACUGAAAAAAGGGAUCUAUCCAUCCUUUUAUAUCUCAGUACUUAUUGUGUAUAUAUUUAUUAAGAGAACGGAAAUGGGUCAUUGUUUGUUUUUUACUAUAUAUAUCCAAAUUUCUAUUAUUCCUAAUAAUAUAAUGUUUUUUUUCCUUUUUAUAUGAAGUUAUUCUAACAUUACAUAUCAAGGGACAAAAAGUGUUUUUAAUUGAUGUUUUUUGUAAAGGAUCUGAUGCACAAAGUGCCCAAUAAAGGCUCUCCAGUAGCUGC